CCUAGGCGCUCCUCAAUGCUAAGAGAAGCUAGAGGAGAAUGGCCCGAGUCGAGGGUGAUGUGAAUGGCAGAAGGGUCUCAUUGGCCUGUCUCUUGCCUGUUGGCGGUCGCUUCUUACACAGCCUCGUUUUUGGCGCUAGUCAAGCUGCAAGGUAGGGAUUUUAGGAAGUGUGCAGGGGAGGGGUGAGACCUUUGGGUGAUCUGUGUGAGCUCUUUUUACUUUGGCCGGCCCAUCUCCGACUUUCUGGAGUGUCGAAGCUUGUGCAGAAAACACCAGGAAUCUCAAGACACUGGCGGGCCUUUCAGCGACAUUCAUUGCUCCCACGUCAAUGCAGCCAUUGCCACUGUGACUGUCACUGCCAGCAAACUGACCAGCAGCCCAGUCCAGCAACCAGCCCAGUACCAGCACCAUUGGUAGACAGUGUACCGAGCUCUGUCUUAUCUUACAGAGACAACCACAGACACAGCAGUGUAGGAAUUAUUCGUUCUUCCACCCACGGACCGUGUAUGGAAUGUGCUACGAUUGCGAUCCUCUGUCUCCUUCACAACAUUCACAAUCACCGCCGAUUCGCACGGCAGUCCCCUCGCCCUCUAACUUAGGAUCCGAUUGAGAUAGACAAAGAACUGACUGACUGACUGCGCCUGCGACCACCACCUCGACAGACUUCAACCUCUCCCCAGAUUCACCAUCAAUUUGAGACUCCCAAGUCCAGAGACAAAGGUCAGAAUAGCUCACACUCACACUCCCUAUCCCCUCAGAAUCACCAUCCAAACAACUGCCUUGGUCCUCUGUGAUGGUGAUGGCAAUGGCAUGGCAUGGCAUGGCAUGGCACGACGCGACCCUACCCGACAAGCAAUUCGCCAGCAGCAAUCAGCCAAGGCUACCUGCAAAACUUUGCCCCAGUCCAAUGGCUUGGCCUCACUGGACAAAAAGUCUUGUUUACCAUCAUCCACAGAGCAUCCCCAGAGCAUCCCCCAGAGGCCUUUGGCUAACCUAUAUACUUCCCAGCCUAGUCACCUCGUAACCUCUUCCCCUUUUACCACCUUUGCGCUCUCACCAAAUUCCACACAGCCUUGGUCAGAUGCAGACGACGAGUACUCACUACCAGCUCAUCCAUAUUCGCCAAGGCUCUGCGCCUCGGGCUGUGAAAGUCACGAAAGUCUAGACAGUCGUCAAACUCAAGGAAAUCUUGAUUCCAACCUCUACAAUGUCAGCUCCUGGGGGCGUCUCGCCUUCACCAUCGCCUAGUCCAGCUGGACGGAGGCAAAGAGCGUGCGUAGCCAGCCCACUCAUACCCAGUGGCCAUGCCUUGAACGGGGAUUGAUUAUAUCUGCGCCAGCCUCGCUAACCAUUUUGUCAAUAUAGACCAACAAUUACCAUCGACACCUCUGCAGUUAGCAAUCCAAAUUCAGGACAAGAUAUGGACGCCGAUGCAGUUGCUCUCAAAAACAUGUCCUCAUCACCUACAACUCUCUCAGGAGACCCAGCUAGUCCUUCCAACAACGACGGAGCAGGAGGUGAUAGACCACACCAUUCAACUACACCAGGUGGCGCGAGCCGCAUAUCAGUACCCGAACUACGACCAUCAGGAUCCUUCGACAGCAGAGAGAGUCGGCCAACCUCACCACAUAAUGUUUCUUCACCGACGUCGAGAGGAGGAGAGAAAGGGGGUGCAUAUCUAUCGGUUCCAGGUUUAAGAUCCAGACAAAACUCCAUUGAGUCAGAUGAAGGAAAUCAUUCAAGUACCGCGUACAGUGGAGAGACAUUCGCCAAUGGAACGCAAGCCGACAAGGACAAGGUUGGAGAUGUUCCGGGGAACGAUAAAAUCAUGAAUGACCCAGAGGCCUUGGACGCAGACCCCGGCACAGAAGGAGAUUUUGAGCGAAAAGAUAACAGCUUCGCUUACACUCCCGGACUGUUGAAUAAGUUAAUCAACCCAAAGAGUUUAUCGGCAUUUUAUGCACUUGGAGGUCUGGCUGGCUUGGAAAGGGGUUUACGAUCGGAUCGAAAAGCUGGUUUGAGUGUGGACGAGGCAGAUUUGGAUGGAACAGUCACUUUUGAACAGGCAAAGGAGGCCGCAACACGAACUGUGCAUGGUGACGAUUCCAAGACACCCGCAACAAGAGUGUCUUCCAAGGAUUCCUCACCAACCACGCCUCGGCGAUCAGCAUCAGGCGAUUCCUUCUUUGACCGCAAACGAGUUUUCAGCGAUAACCGACUCCCCGUGAAGAAAGGCAAAAGUUUGCUCGAGCUGAUGUGGAUUACCUACAACGAUAAAGUUUUGAUUCUGCUCUCGGUCGCUGCAGCAAUCUCCCUGGCGAUUGGAUUGUAUCAAACAUUCGGUGCCGAACACAAGCCAGGCGCAGCGAAAAUCGAAUGGGUUGAAGGUGUUGCAAUUAUUGCAGCUAUUCUUAUUGUGGUGGUGGUCGGAUCUUUGAACGAUUACCAAAAGGAACGCCAAUUCGUGAAAUUGAACAAGAAGAAGCAAGAUCGCGAUGUCAAUGUCAUUCGAUCGGGUAAGACUAUUGAAGUAUCAGUCUUUGACGUCUUGGUUGGAGAUGUCAUGCACUUGGAACCCGGAGAUAUGAUUCCAGUUGACGGGAUUUUUAUUGAAGGACACAAUGUCAAGUGCGAUGAAUCUCAAACCACUGGAGAAUCUGACAUCAUUCGCAAAACCCCUGCAGACACUGUCUAUGCGGCAAUCGAAAACCACGAUAGUCUUCGCAAGCUCGAUCCGUUCAUCCUAUCUGGUGCACAAGUCACGGAAGGUGUGGGUACUUUCUUGGUCACUUCUACUGGAGUCAACUCAAGCUAUGGAAAGACUCUGAUGUCUCUUCGAGAGGAUCCCGAAGUCACACCUCUGCAAUCCAAACUCAACACCUUGGCCGAGUACAUUGCCAAGUUGGGUGCAUCUGCAGGUGGUUUGCUCUUCAUUGUUUUGUUCAUCAAGUUUCUUGCGCACUUGCCAAAAAACCCGGGAACGCCAUCCGAGAAGGGUCAGGAUUUCUUGAAUAUCUUCAUUGUCACAGUGACCAUUGUUGUUGUGGCGGUCCCCGAAGGUCUGCCUCUCGCGGUCACUCUAGCCCUGGCCUUUGCAACGACUCGUAUGUUGAAGGAGAACAACUUGGUUCGGCAUCUCAAGGCUUGCGAAGUCAUGGGUAACGCUACCACUAUCUGUUCUGAUAAGACUGGAACUUUGACACAAAACAAGAUGAAGGUGGUCGCAGGAACUAUCGGUACUAGCUCACGUUUUGGCGGAACCGUUGCGCCUGCUGAUUCUGAGCCAUCCGAUAACAAGGGCAAGCAACAAUCACCGGUCACUGUGGAGAAUGUUCCGGCUCAAGAAGUCGUUUCUGCUCUUCACUCGGAGGUCAAAAAGGCACUCAUGCAAUCCAUCGUCAUCAACUCAACCGCCUUUGAAGGCGAAGUGGAUGGAGUGCAAAGUUUCGUUGGCUCCAAGACCGAGACUGCUCUUCUAGAAUUCUCCAAGGAACACCUCGGAAUGGGCCCAGUUGACCAAGAGAGAUCUAACUGCAAAAUCGUUCAACUUAUUCCUUUCGACUCCGGCCGCAAAUGUAUGGGCGUCGUGGUUCAACUUGACGAUGGCAGACACCGUCUUUAUGUCAAGGGAGCUUCCGAAAUUCUCUUGGAAAAGUGCUCUACCGUCAUUCGAGACCCAACCAAGGAGCCAAUUGCUGCCUCUAUGAACGAUGAAAACCGACAAACUCUACUUGGCUUGAUCGACAACUACGCCUCCCGUUCUCUUCGCACCAUCGCUAUGGUUUAUCGUGACUUUGAACAAUGGCCAGCGAGAGGUGCGCGCACCGUGGACGGCGAUGUUGUCUUUGAUGAUAUCUUUAAACAAAUGGUUCUCUUGAGCAUUGUAGGUAUUCAGGAUCCACUUCGUGAUGGUGUUCCAGAGGCUGUCAGAAUCUGCCAAAAGGCCGGUGUCGUCGUUCGCAUGGUUACUGGAGACAACUUGGUUACUGCCCGAGCAAUUGCCACCGAGUGUGGUAUUUACACUCCUGGUGGACUCAUCAUGGAAGGACCAACCUUCCGAAAACUCAGCAAAGAAAAGAUGGACCAGGCUAUCCCUCGCCUGCAAGUUCUUGCCCGAUCCAGCCCCGAGGAUAAGCGUAUUCUUGUCAAGCGCCUGAAGGAACUCGGUGAGACCGUUGCUGUUACUGGUGAUGGUACCAACGACGCUCCUGCUCUCAAGACCGCAGACGUCGGUUUUUCUAUGGGUAUCGCCGGUACGGAAGUUGCAAAAGAGGCAUCUGCCAUUAUCUUGAUGGACGAUAACUUCAACUCCAUUGUCAAGGCUAUGAUGUGGGGACGAGCUGUCAACGAUGCGGUUAGGAAAUUCCUGCAGUUUCAACUCACCGUCAACAUCACCGCCGUCCUCCUUACAUUCAUCUCUGCCGUUUCCAACGACAAUGAAGAAUCCGUUCUGACUGCUGUACAAUUGCUCUGGGUCAAUCUCAUCAUGGACACCAUGGCUGCUCUCGCCCUUGCUACUGAUCCUCCCACCAAGAGCAUUUUGGACCGCAAACCAAAUCCCAAAUCCGCUCCUCUAAUCAGUGUCACCAUGUGGAAGAUGAUCAUCGGUCAAGCCAUUUACCAACUUACCGUUACCCUGAUCCUUUACUUUGCCGCUGACAAGAUUUUCUCGUACACUUCCGAGCGCGAACUUGGCCAGGUCAACACACUCGUCUUCAAUACCUUUGUCUGGAUGCAAGUCUUCAAUCAAUGGAAGUAAGUAUAACCUAUCCAUCUACUGUACGUACGUGUACUGACUCUAUUAUAGCAACCGUCGUCUUGAUAACAAGUUCAACAUCUUUGAAGGUGUUACUAAGAACUAUUUCUUCAUGGGCAUUAACGUUGUCAUGGUUGGAAUCCAAAUCAUGAUCAUCUUUGUUGGUGGUGCAGCAUUCAGUAUCGUUCGCCUUAACGGAGCUCAGUGGGGAUACUCGGUUGUUCUUGGAGCAUUGUCCAUACCAGCCGGAGCUGUCAUUCGUCUCAUUCCUGACGAACUUGUUGUUCGAUUGAUCCCUGAAUAUAUUAGAAACCGACCAAAGAAGCCCGAACUUACGAUUUCCGACGAGGAAGAACAAUUCCGAUUCCCCAAGCCCCUUGCAGACGUCAAGGAAGAGCUGAGCUUCCUCAAGAAGAUGAAGGGUGGGCGAUUGAACAACCUCAAAUUUGCCAUGCAACAGACCCGCGACGAUAUUAUUCACCGUUCUCGCAGUGGUUCUCGCUCCAGAAGUAACUCAUCCGCACCUCACACUCCUAAUAACGAAGUUCAACAAGAAGAGCACUUCGGCUCACCACAACCUACUCCUGAAUCCCGAAAACGUGGUCGCGGCAACCGAUCUCGUUCCAAUUCAGCAUUAGGCGCAACCACUGUCAUGGCUGGAAUUAUUGCUGGCAGUGUAGCCGGAUGGUCUCCAAUCGAACGAAAUUACAACGACACUGAUUCGGUGAGAUUCCCACGAGGAAAUGGCCGUCAGGAGUUGGAGCAAAAUCCAAAUGUCGAAAUCCACCCCGGCACUAAUCCAUCGGAUCCAGUCAUUACCGAGGAUCCCCAAAAUCUUACCGCUCCUCCUAGUCAGGUUCCUGAGGUAUCACCUGCUCCCUCUUCCACGGCCAAAAACUAAAAACUCGUUUAAUGGCUUUCGUCACAACUCAGUCCUAUCAUCCUUGUCGAUAGUGUACAGUACCAGCUCUUCGGUUUUUCAUCGAUUGUAGAUAAUUUCAUCAUUUCUAUUUUUGCCUCAUUCUGGCGCACCGGAGUUCGUUCCUCGCAUGGCGUUUUUUCAUAUUUGUUUUCUUUCCUUGACGUGGGUUGGCGGCAAACUUCCACCUCCUCAUUUUCUUUUCUUCUGUCAUCUGGUGAAGAGAAGAGAUGGUGCCGCAAGUUUCUUUGUAUUGGUGUUUUUUCUCUCUUCUAAUACCUAAAAAUUUGUGGAUAAUUGCGAGAGGGAAGGACGGGUGGGGGGUGGAGACUGAAUACCGUACCGAUGAUUAGAAAUUCAUGAAUGGAUAUUUGCACAUGGUUGCUUUUGCUUGGGAAGGAAGGCAUCGGCACUCUUUUCUUGGGUGAUUGGUGAAUUGGAUGGAGAGGGUGGAUGUGAGCUUAGCUUUGGGGAGAUUUCUAGAGAGGGUAUUGGCUUGAGUUUGGGUGUGCGUGGAGAUGAGGAGAGGAGUGUAUGCGUAGUAGAAUUCCCCAAUUUCUGAAACCCAAGUCAAAAUAGUAAAAUUAGUGUAUUGUAUUUGAAUA